GGUCACAUUCUCUGUACUACCUCUUCAUGGGUGCCUCAGAGACAGAACUUGGGCUGCCCUUGUUUGAGGCUAUGGGCUACGUGGAUGACCAACUCUUCGUGUCCUAUAAUCAUGAGAAUCGCCGUGCUGAGCCCCGGGCCCCAUGGAUCUUGGACCAGACCUCAAGCCAGCUGUGGCUACAGCUGAGUCAGAGCCUGAAAGGGUGGGACCACAUGUUCAUUGUCGACUUCUGGAAUAUCAUGGACAACUAUAACCACAGUAAGGGCAGUAAGCUGGGAGUGAUGCCGGAGUCCCACAUCCUGCAGGUGAUCCUGGGCUGUGAGGUGCAUGAAGACAAUAGUACCAGUGGCAUCUGGAAGUAUGGGUAUGAUGGGCAAGACCACCUUGAAUUCUGCCCCACGACACUGGAAUGGAGAGCAGCAGAGCCAGGGGCUUGGACCACCAAGGUGGAGUGGGAAGAGCACAAGAUCCGUACCAGGCAGAACAAGGACUACCUGGAGAGGGACUGUCCUGAGCAGCUGAAACAGUUCCUGGAGCUGGGGAGCGGGCUUCUGAAGCAGCAAGUGCCUCCUUUGGUGAAGGUGACUCAUCAUUGGGCUCCUGCAGGGACCUCUCUAAGAUGUCAGGCUCUGAACUUCUUCCCUCAGAACAUCACUAUGAAGUGGCUGAAGGACAACCAGCCACUGGAUGUCAAUGAUAUCAACCCCAAGGAUGUGCUGCCUAAUGGGGAUGGGACCUACCAGGCCCACAUGACCUUGCCUGUGGCCCCUGGUGAUGAGACAAGAUUCACCUGUCAAGUAGAGCACCCAGGCUUGGAUCAGCCCCUCAUUGCCACCUGGGAGCCCUUGCCAUCUCGGGCCAUGAUCAUUGGAACCAUCAGUGGGAUCACCAUUUGUGUCAUCUUCUUUGUUGGAAUUUUGUUCCUAAUCUUAAGGAAAAGGAAGGCUUCAGAAGAAACCAUGGGUGACUAUGUCUUAGCAGAGUGUGAAUGACCUGCAGCCUGCAGACCCAUGGAAGGGAGGAGACUCCACCAAAGACCUGGAGGAAGCACGCAUGCUCCAUUCUAGGACAGAGUUGGAUCUAAUAGACAGAAAGUGCCUGAUGUACUCUGCUCGUAGCUUUCCUUGUUCACUUUCUUAAGAUGUUUCCCCCAGUCAAGUCUUUGAGUUCCUGAACAACAGUGACUGCUCCAGAUGUAACCUCUCCCUCCAGAACUGGUCUCAUGAAUCUCCAGCUGCAUCUAGAGGCAUCCUUCAUUUCCUCCAUCCAUCUAGACUCCAUAUGUUUACUUCUUACCAAGGCUCUCUAAAUUUGGAGGAUACACAAUUCAUUUUCAUAUUUGAAGAAGCUAUGAGUCUUCUUCCUGAGAUACACACAACGUACUUGUGCCAUAACUUUGCAACAAGUAUCCUAGAAUCCAGGAACCACUCAAUUGUCCUUUGAGCCUCUCCAUCUAUCAUCUUGUGAUUCCUAUGUCACCAAACUCUGACUUUUCUGACAUUAGAGUGCUAUAUGGGUCAUCAAUACAACCUGAGGAGACACCCUCUGAGAAAAUACAGACGUCUUUGUGCACAAUGAUGGCUAUGUGUUCAUAUCUACAAAGCUGUUGGACAGAUUUCCAAUGACUAAUUUCAUGUGCAUUGGUGACAUGAUGCCUGUGAAGUACCCUCUUUCCUUGCCGGAUAAUAGAAAUCAUGAUUAUAAUAAUAAAGUGUGGCUUGCACUUGUGAAGAAGUGCUCAAUAUUAUACUCUGCUCUGAUCACCUGCUACAUGUAGACCACGGCCUGAAAGUUGUAAUGUUUUCAUCAAGUGGAAAUUAUUAUCUGCACCAACUUCCCUUUUCUUUAGUUGCAGAAAAUGAAGACCCACACCUCUCCAGAGAUACAGACACACAAACAGUCGUAAGAGUAUCAUUCUGACUCUUUGAUGCACCCUGUGCACUGGAUUAGUUACAUGAAGUGAGGGGAAGUGGAGAAGAUUACUUUUUUCUUGUCUCCUGAGUUUUUUUUUUUUUUUCUUUUCAAUAAGUUUGACUCAUGUCAUGAGAAAUAGCUGCCAACAUUCUCCAACCCUCAGCUACCAUGAGUCCUUUCAAUCUCCUGUUUUCUCUGGCAUCCUUCUUUUAGUUCAAUUUAGUUUUUUUUUUUUUGUUUUGUUUUGUUUUUUAACUUAUCUGACAGAUGUCCUUGAAGCUGAUGCUUCUGGAGUCAGAACCUUCAAGUGACUGUCCUGGCAGCCAAUAAUCUGUUAAGCAUUCUCAUCUCAAGGAAGUAAAUGGAAACUGCAGGUGGCCUGGAGAAUGCCGGGAGUUACUGGGGUCUGGCUGCUCAUUCAUAGUUGUACACAUUAAAGCAAAAAAUGCGACUGAACUAGACAAUUUAGAAAUUACUAGGUUGAAGAAAAGAGGUUCAUUUGUUCAUGUUUGAGAGCCAAGCCUUAUGUUUCUAUCAUGUUUGUGUAAGUACAUAUAUCUGUCUUCAUGUGUGUGUUCAUAUAUGGGUACAUGUGUAUGCACAUGUGUGCAUGGGUACAUGUCUUCAUUCAGAUGCCAUGUAUUCACUUCUCCCCCAAAGCACACAUUUGCCUGCAUGACUGUGCUAUAAAUUCCAUCGUAAAAACCAAGUGCCUCAGACCAAGCUUUGAGCUGGGACCUCAACUUCACUUUUUUUUUUUUUUCUUUUUUGGUCUUGAUCUUGUUUUCUGUUUAUGAAAGUUAGGUUGAAGAAAAAAACAGCAAAAUAUGAAUUCACUGUUGAAAAUAGAUGGACAUACAGUUAUCAUUUCUUCAGUGAGUAACACUCUACUAACAACUGGUACAUUGCCGAGGUAUCACUCCCAUCAAAACAUGUGCAACUAAUAAACACUUGAUUUGGUAAAUAUGCCACCGUAUUUUGUCCCACACAGCUUUAUGAUAUUCUUGCCCAUUAUAUGGAUAUAGUUAGGAACAUUUUUAUUUUGGUUUGGUUUAAUUUUUUAAACUGUUCCCACUGUAAUUGAGAUUACAUGUUUGUACUUUAUAUUUGUUUUUGUUUUUGUUUUUUCGAGACAGGGUUUCUCUGUGUAGCUUUGGAGACUAUCCUGGCACUCUCUCUGGAGACCAGGCUGGACUCGAACUCACAGCGAUCUGCCUGUCUCUGCCUCUGCUAGGAUUAAAGGCAUGUGCCACCACCGCCUGGCUCAUGUAUGUACUUUUUUUUCCUUUUUUCAUUACACUGUGAUAGCUUGAUUGAUAGUUUUCCUUUGCUGUAAGGACAUUAUCAUCUGAGUUGUAAGUAAGUGUUUAUCUACAAGCCGAGCUGAAAGCACGCUGUAAUUUAUUCUCUCUAAAUAUCAGUCUGUACAUAGCAGAAUGCCAUGGGGUUUCCUUCACCUGGUAGGGAAAUGUUAUAGUUAACUAAAAAAUUGUAUAAUAAUUAGACUAUGCAAAUGAUA